UUUCUGAGAACGUAAAAGCUCACCAUGCUGUACCUGAAAACGAUAGUACUGAAUGUUAGCAGACGACGUUUUACAGAAAACUGCUGUUGGAGAAGAAGACUCUGCACGAGACAAUGUCUGUUAUUGCCGUUAUCGCCAGUAACGUUACAUAUUUAGUGUGUGCAUGCUGCAAAGAAUAUAGUUAAAAUGCAUAGCCUACUGAUGAAAUGUAUAGCUUGAAUGCAUUAUCUGUCAAGGAGAAACUUUCCCCAUCAGAAGAUCUCGUCGUCACCAUGUUCUGCUGCACAGAGGAGUCCACUGUUCUUACCUGAAUUUAAUUGUCUAGCUGCCUUUAUAAGAUGCGGUGGAUCAAGAGGCCUGUUUGGAGGAACCCGUGGCACUGCUCAGCAGCAAACCUUGGAGGACAUUGCGGCAAAUAUUGGAGAACGCAGGUUUAAAAGGAUUGUGGUGAUGGCUGGUGCAGGCAUCAGCACACCCAGUGGAAUCCCAGACUUCAGAUCGCCAGGCAGUGGUCUUUAUGACAACCUUCAACGAUACAAUCUACCCUAUGCUGAGGCCAUAUUUGAAAUAAAUUACUUCCAUCACAAUCCCAACCCUUUUUUUACACUUGCCAAAGAGUUGUAUCCUGGCAAUUACAAACCCAACCUGACGCACUACUUCAUUCGACUGCUUCAUGACAAGGGCCAGCUGCUCAGGAUGUACACCCAAAACAUUGACGGACUGGAGCGAUUGGCAGGCGUUCCACCUAAGAUGUUGGUGGAGGCACAUGGAACUUUUGCAACAGCCACCUGCACGGUCUGCCGCAGGGAUUACGAAGGUGAAGAGCUCCGGAAUGAUAUAAUGAAAGGAACCGUACCCAGAUGCUCUGUCUGUAAGGGAGUCAUCAAGCCUGACAUUGUGUUCUUCGGUGAGGAACUUCCUCAACAGUUCUUCACGUACCUUACAGACUUCCCGAUGGCAGAUUUGCUCAUCAUCAUGGGAACAUCUCUGGAGGUGGAGCCCUUCGCCAGCUUAGCUGGUGCGGUGCGCAGCUCCGUGUCACGCCUUCUGAUAAACCGAGAUCUUGUGGGGCCGUUCGCCUGGGGGUCUCCACGUCACAAUGACGUGGCCGAGGUGGGUGAAGUCGUUAGCGGGGUAAAGAAGCUGGUGGAGCUCCUCGGCUGGAUGCAGGAAUUAGAAGCCCUAAUGAGUGUGGGCACCGAGAAGGAUUCAAUGAAAAGGGAAGAAUGAGCAGUCUGACUUGGGAUCGGUUUCAAAUCUGCUGUUGGUUCUCCUCAGUACUGUGCAUGCAUGCAAUUAUGGAAACAGUUUUUUGUGUUGACAAGUUGUACAAAGUGGGAAAUGGAUAUCUAUGAAAAUCUAAAACAAGGUAGCUCCAUUCUUGUAGCAAUUCACAAGCACUUUAGACCAUUUUUCAAGAUGUCAUCAACCUUUUUUAUUUUGCAUAUAGAUUUAUUUAACAGUUUGAUGUAAUUGUUAAUGUUCUGUAAGUUGUAUUUCCUUGUAACGUUUGUGUAGUGUUAAACUGCAACAGGAAGUGCUUCUGGAUCAAUGGUCUUUACAUCUUGCAGAGUGGUCUAUAUACCUGUUAUUAUUUUAAAUAUUUAAUACAGUAAUAAAAAGUACAUUUUAAAAUCUCAGGUUAUACUUUUGUUAUUUUUAAUAGUGAUGUAAAACCUUGUUUAAAAACUUGUGAAGUAAAAAAACUGAAUACAAUGAAAACAGGUGGGUAAAUUUUUGCUAAAAGAUUCCUGCGUAAUUGUAACAUCUCGUCUGGUAUAUGAAAAUGCAUUGCGUGAAGUGCAUGAAUGCACCUGCAUUAAAGCCUUUUUUGGUUGGUCAGUUGAAAACCCGUUUCCCCAGACAUGUUUCAUUUUUACUUCAUAUGGUGUGUAUGGUUUAUGGUAUGUUUAGGGCUGCACGGUCAUGGGUCAAAUGAUGAUAAUAACGGUUAAUUUGCUCAAAAGUUUAAUCAUGAUUAAUAGACACAAUUAUUUUGUCAGUUCAGAACUUUUGUUUUUUAUUUCAGUUCAGCAUGUUUAUAAGGCCUAUAUUUACAGCAACUGAAUAUGUUAUAAUCUGCUGCCAUUGAACUUCUUCAACACCGUAUUUCAAAGCACGCUAUCAAUCAUCUAAACACUCUACCAUGACAAUGAACAUUUUGUGACCUUCGGAAUGAAACUUUGCUACUCCAUUUUUGAUUUCUUGUUUUUUUAUAAAUCUUGUUCACCCUUCAUGUCUGUCUGUGGGUUUUGCAAAAAAAAACAACGUUUAUUUAUUUCCUGAAAAGUGGCAGUUUAAGAAAUACAAGCUUUGCGAUUAUUUUCUGACUUUAGUGGGAGUUUUGUGCUUAUCACAACGAUUUUGCUCAAUUAAUUGUGGGAAGCAUAAAUCGUUAUCACGAUUAAAAUACGAUUAAUCGUACAGCUUUAAUGUUUAGAAAAUUCUCUUUUUAAUCAGAAUAUGCCAUCAUCACGUAUGUUGUAUACAAUGGCCUUCAAAAUAUUUGAACUCUCUUGUAUAAUAAUUGUAUAAAUUGUAUAAUAGUCAUUACAUAACAAAACAUCAAAUUGUAACUUGAAAGUGCGCAAACAUUUCACAAAAAAAGAUGUUUAAUGUGUUGUGCAUUAUAAAGCAAUAGACAGUGUUCAGAAUAAAGACAACAACUUCAUAGACACUUCCAGGAUGUCCAAUAUUGUGAAAUAUGUUCAUGCGAUAAACUAGACCUGUGUGAACAUAAAGGGGAACUUAAAAUCAACAUGAACUAGUUGGUAAAAAGUAACUUCAAUAAAUU